UCUUGUGUUGUGUUGACAUGUCAGCGUUCUUUUUUCGUAAUGGUUUUAAACUGAAACUAAUAAAGUUAAAGGACUCUGUGAUAUGUAUGAAAUAACUGAAAUAUGACAGACAUUUAAAAGUUCAUCUGGAAAUCUGGUACAGAUAAGGUUUCGUGAUAUUUAUGUGAAACAAUAGAUAAACUCGAUAUCAUAACUCGUGCUACUGGGUAACGCACAAGGCUAGCACUCCCAAUUGAUCCUUGUUGUGAUGUUAUGCACAUUGAGGCUCGCAACUGUUACGAGUAUUACAGCCUGUGGGAGUAAGUAAGAUUGCGAGUAGGAUGGGGCGUUGGCCUUUGUGAGAGAGGGAACGAGUGUUUUGUUGUCAGUCUGUGAUGGCGUCUAGUUGGACAAGGCUUUGGCUCGUGUUCGUGUGGUGUAUGGGUUUGGCUGGGAGUCAGAUACAGGACUCUGUGUAUUACAACAGGGACCACCAGGAUAAGGAUUCAUAUGGUAAUACGUAUAUGUAUAACAACAGACGGUACGGACGGCCCAAUUACCCGGGAGACGGUGAUUACAAUAGAGGUUAUGAUGAGAACGAUGGACGAUUUUAUCAGGUGCCAACUGGGCUGCCACAGCCUGGAGUCAUGGCAAGAUGGCGGCCUGACUUGCAGGGGAAGCAGCGUCCUGACUCUCUGGAACAGUUCAAAAGGGAUGGCUAUGUGUAUGUCACCACAAGCUCCUUCAGUAAGGUGCAGGGCUUCAAAGUGAAUCUGUACGACAACCCAGACCCCAAGUCUGGGUACCGCCCCGGCCUUACGCCUGUCGAGAAGAUCUUGGGCACAGCCACAGUGUUCUUGGGCAUUCCGUACGCCAUGCCGCCCAUCAGGGAAGGCCGAUUUAAGCCCCCUCGCCGACACCCUGGUGCACAGCUGAUCCAAGCAGUAGAUUUUGGUCCAGCAUGUCCACAGCCAUCACGCUACAUUGGUGGCACCAAAGGAAUUCUAGCUAUGGAUGAAGAUUGUCUCUAUCUCAAUGUAUUUUCACCAAUUACUCAGUCAGGACUUCCCCAGAAGUACCCUGUAAUGUUCUAUAUUCAUGGAGGAGAGUUCAUGAGAGGUGCAUCCAAUUUGUUCCCUGCUCAUGUGAUGGCUGCCUUCUAUGAAGUUGUGGUGGUUACGAUCAACUACAGGCUUGGGGCACUUGGAUUUCUGAGUACAGGAGAUGCUGAUUCACCUGGAAACUAUGGCAUACUGGACCAAGCAAUGGCUCUGCAGUGGGUGUAUGACAAUGUUGAUGCAUUUAAUGGAGACCGAGAGAAGAUCACUCUGUUUGGACCUGGUGCAGGUGCCGCAUCUGCUGGGCUAUUGAUGGUCGCUCCGCGCUCAAGGGACUAUGUUAGCAAGGUCAUUGGCCAGAGUGGGUCUGCAGUGGCUGACUGGGCUCUUAUAGUGGACAGGUACCGGGCACAGAACACAAGUCGAGUGUUUGCACAGCAUCUUGGUUGUAGUUUUGACUCGUCAUGGAAACUAGUCAAUUGUUUGAAGCAAGGGAGGAGCUUUGUUGAAAUAUCCAAUGCUGAGUUCAAGCCACAAGUGGGUAUCUUCCCAUGGGGUCCAGUCUUGGACAGAAAUUUUACUGUACCACAAGAUCACUGGUUUGAAGGCUGGCGUGAAAAGGACUGGCAUUUUCUGCGGGAAACCCCAGAGGAACUUAUUUGUCGUGGACAGAUCAACCAUGGUGUCAGUUACAUGAGUGGAGUCACUACACAGGAAGCUAGUUUCUUCAUAUAUGAAAAUGAGACAUUAGCUCCAGACUACACAGUUACUAGUGAGUUUGUUGACCAGAAGAUUCGAGAGCUGGUUUUGCGCUACAACUACACACUCAAUCCAGAAGGCAUCUAUCAGGCCAUAAAGUACAUGUAUACAUACUGGCCUGAUCCUAAUAACACAUAUUAUAUUCGAGAAAAAUACAUAGAUAUGCUGUCAGAUUUUCUGUACCGAGCCCCUAGUGACAAGAUGGCCAAGUUACUGGUUGAGCAGAAUGUUCCUGUUUACUUGUAUGUCCUGAACACAACAAUUGAGGCAUUUAGAUUGCCUCUGUGGAGGAAAGUUUCACAUGAUACGGAGCACUACCUCCUGACUGGUGCUCCAUUCAUGGAUGUGGAAUUCUUUCCAACAAGGCCUAAACUGGACCGGAAAAUGUGGACAGACAAUGAUCGGAACAUGAGCCACUUUUUUAUGAAAGCGUACACUGAUUUUGCCAGAUUUGGGAAUCCAACACAAACUCAGAUCCUGGGACUGCACUUUGAAAUGGCUCGAGCAGGGUAUCUCAAGUACUUGAACCUCAACACUACUUUUAACUCGAGUGUGCUGCUCAACUACAGGCAAACAGAGACUGCUUUCUGGAGCACAUAUCUCCCUACAGUGAUUGGGCACUUGGUUCCGACCUACCCUCCAGUUACCGAGUACUGGUGGGAGCCAAAAGAGCCCUUGCAGAUUGCAUUCUGGAGUGUGACAUCUGCAUGCUUACUGCUGAUUGUGUUAGUGGUGAUCUGCUGUAUCCUCUGGAGGAAUGCAAAGAGACAAUCAGAUCACUAUUACAAUGGUGACAUCAUUGUUCUGCGAGAUGAUGUGAGAGAGCAUGGAGAUGGAAUUGACAAUCAGAGUGCAACAAUGGAGUAUCGUGACACGCCCCCACCCGCUUCAAAGUUAAGCCAGAUGAAAUCCCGUGAGCCUCAAAACAGUUUUGACCCUCGACGGACUGCCAGUACGCCGUCUCUCCGAAUAACGGGCAGUUCUGCCUCGCUUAAAGAUUCAUCAAAUUUCACCACUAGUUCCCCUACAGGUGAACCAAGGAAGCAGCCAACACCGAUCCCAGGUUCCAGGAAGCCAAAGACAAGAGUAGACCAGGCAGGAGUUCCACAGACUGAAGUUUAGCAAACAAAUAAGUGUAACAAUUCAGUAAAAUCCAAGAGAACACAGGAGAGGAGUUUUGUUCAUCUUCAAGUGAGAAAAGAUAAGCCACAUGUUCCUGUAAUGCUUCUUUUGCCAUCAUGCAAAUAACAGUAAUGUUCACUUUGUUCAUUACUAGUGACUAUCCUCUCCUCAGUACUGAACUAAUUUAUUUUUGCAUAAUUUUCAAGUAUAUUUUUCUAUGAGAAAUAGAUGAUGCUCCCUCUUGCUGCAGGCCUUUCUUAAGGCGUCAUCUAGAAACCAUUAAUGCAGUGUUAUAAGCCGUGAAAAUGAGCACCAUUCGUUUCUGCCAAGAGCCAACAAAUGAAUGUACUUGGAGCCUGGUAACUGCUGAUUUCAUGGAAUGAUCUCAGAAAUAUGUGACAGAGUUUAUGGCACUGGCUAUAGGUUUUAGUGCACUGGUAAUUGUUUACUAACAAAAUACAACAGUUUGUAUUCAUUUGAGAUAGUUACACAUCUGUGUAUAAAGUGGUAAGUUGUAGUGUCAUCAAAUCAUGAUCAAUGAAUAUGAUGUAGGGGGAAGUCUCCACGAAGAUCUCGUGGUCUGAAGCAUUCUGUAUCUCUGGCAUCCAGGGAAAGCAGUAUUAAAUUACAGAUUUCUAAGAGGUAGGAUAUACAGGAAUUUAUAAACAAAAACAUACAAGGCAGUUCAAAUAAAUAAAAUUUACAAUAAUUUUAUAUGAAUAUCAAUUGAUAAGUGUAGAAUUUUAAGGAUGAUUCCAAUUUUAUAUAAAAACAUGUAAGAUAGAAAUAGAGAUGAUUGGGAUUAUGAUUAUAGUACAAUCCUGAAUGUGUAACACUAUUUAUAAGAAUUAUAUAGUUAUUAAUAUUAAGAAUUUGAACUAGGGCAGCAUAUUGGAAGGUAUAUUAAAAUUCGUAUAGGGAAGAUACAUAAUAUCUAUAGGGUAAAGGAAGUGCUAUAGAAUACAUAUCUGAUUGAAUAAUAAAGCUGAAUUGUUGCAAUGAGUGGUUUUGCAGUUAUGACACUGAAUAUGCAACCCUAGGAGUUGCUCUUCUUUGCAAUUUUAGUUUGCAUUAUGAUGUCCUUUUCAUUGUAGGCCAAGUCCAGUAAGUGCCAUUUGUCUUAAUUCAGGUGACCAUGACAUCUGCCUUUCUGUCUCUAGUUGGAUGCUUUGGCCAGCGCUUGUCAAUGUGAGGUCUGUAUUUCUCAUCCCACUUAGGCAGUUCAGCCAACUUAUAAUACUGUCCAACCCAACAGAAAUAUCAGAUAAUAGUAGCACGUUGUCUGGUUCAUCUGUGCUGCUCAACUUUCUCUGAAGAUGGCAUUCAGUCUUGCAAGUUUUGCAUUGUCUAUCGCUGUGGUCUAGCAAUGCAGAGUUCCUCAGUAAAUAUUACAUUCCCAACCUCUAAAUUGACCAUCCAUUUCUUGGUAUGAACAUAUCCUGUAUCUUUUGUGCAUUCUCCAAAUUCUGGAUAAAGGCUCAGCCAAUUGCUCUUUGCACACUUAAAGAAAAGUGCUCAGGAAGGACUUCAAUGGGGAAGGUUUCAACCUACUUUUACGAGAAACAUUUUUAGAAAGUCGUGAUGAUAGACAUUGAAUAUUCUGAUGCCAAAAUAGUAUGAAUUUUCCUAAACAUGAAAAUAUGGCAGUUGGUCUAUAAAGAUGGUUCUAAUUCCUUGCGUUAACACUGUGUACAGCUAAAGUUGUCUGACAAUGUUCUUGGUCCCUUACAGUGAAGUUCAUUAAUAAGAAUAUGCAUUCACAGGGAAGAGGUAAAAUCUCUAACCUCUUAAAUAGACUUCUCCAUGAAUUUCUAGACUUACACCAGUCAUAGUUCUAAUAGCUCUCAUUUUUAAAGUAAAUAUCAUCUUACUGUUGGAUGAAUUACCCAGAAAAUUAUUUUACAUUUCAUUAUGGAAUAAUGAUUUUGUGAAUGUCUGACGAGUCUAAGUGCAGAUUUGAAAGGGAUGUGUUGUACCAAACUUUUCAAUUUAUGAUAAAAUUCAAAUUCAUGAAUGCAACGGUUAAGAUAUUUUUGAAUGAAGAAUAAUAAUUCUCCCUGCCCCUUUAUGCAACGAAAACUGCAUCAGAUUUAGAAUGUGUUGAAAACUGGCCAAGUUAUUUCAAUGCUGAAGUACAUUUAAAACUGGAUGUGUCCAAGAGGUUCUCACCUUUGUAGACAGCAUUCUGCUUGUGCUGACAAAACAGUUGUACCCACAACUUUUUACUCGACUAAUUUAAUGCAAGUGUAAAAAUAAGGCACAACAAAGAAAAUGCAGGGAUGAGUUUCCGUUUGGUAUAUAGCAUAGGAAGAAAUUUCUGAUGUUGCAGAGGAACUCCAGUCUUCUACCAUGAAGACUGAGGCAGUAAAAUCCUAUGAAACUACCCAAAUAUAUUCCAGCUCUGCAUGCUAUGACCCAAAAAUUGUGUUGACACAGUAGAUAUGGAAUUCAAGAGAGGAUGUUUUACGAAAUUUAAACAAGGCACUGCACCCCGUAAAUCAGGACCUUGCAAAUGUUUGGAUUUGAGAGAAGAUUCAGGCAGGAAUACUUCGAGACCUAUAUACAUGACUUGCCUCCUACUGACAAAUAGUUAUCACACUAUUUCUACUCACCUUGGCAUUCCUAGUUUAAAAUCAAAAUCAGUCUGGUUCCUAAAACAAUACAUUAUUGUCAGAAUUUCUCUUUAUGUAAAGUAAGAGAGAGAAUUCUAUCAGUAAAACCAAAAUUAAUUUACAAAAAUAAUAAAUGUCCAGAAAUUUUAACUUUUAAUUUAGUGAGUUUUAUUCUUUUCUCACUCCAAAACAGAAUUAGCUAAAUCCAUAAUGUAUUCCGGCAACCACGUGUGUGCUUAAUUAUCACUGACAGUGCAUAGGCACAUGGAGAAUGGGACGAAUGGACUCCCCUUAUUGUAGAUGUUGAAUCAUGUGGUGCAUAAGUGUUACUGCCAAGCAGUUUUGUUGCAUGAAAUGCAUAUUUUUGUAUUACAUAUACAGAUAGUACAUCAGUACCUCUUGUUGAAAGACCUGAUGUGUUAACUGUAUACCAAUAGUUUGUUCCAUCCAUUUUAAUGUUAUGUGGUAGAACUCAAUGUUAGCAGAUUUCAUUAGAAAAUGUCAAGGUACUGCAUGUGUACAUUAGUUCAUUCUACACUCUGAAUUUUGAGGCAGGUUUGAAGUGUUAGAAACAAUACUAGAGACCUGUAAGAGAGACUUCUUUUGUGGCAUUUUUGUGUUUACAAAAACCAUUACAAAACAAGUGAAGAAUAUUGUCAACCACAAACCUGAAGCUGAUUUGUGCUGCUUAUGCCAGGGUGUAUUGCAAAAUGUUAUUGUGAUUUAAGUGUCCUUUAAAUAUGUUGUUAAUAAUGUGUUAUAAGAGUUUGAGAUGUUCUUUUGAAAUGUUAUAUUUUAAUCAGUGUUGUUAUGCCAGUAUUGGUGGUAUGUACAUAUUAAGUCUGUCAUUUGAAAUGUUGGAAUUGGGUGUUAGAUUGGACAGAUUUUGGACACAAUGUCCUAAGACAAGACAUUCUGGGAAAAAUGAUAAAGUUUGCCUCAAUCUAAACCCUCUUCACUAUUCAUACUUUUAACUUUACAAAUUGUGUUUCACAUCUUACACACACUCCAGCUGUUCAUGUGUGGCAGCACUAUACUGCCACUAUUAACACCAGAGUUAAAAUACAGCUGUCAUCCCACCUGUUUUCCUUAAAAAAUAAAAGUUUAAUGCUUCUGUCUGAAUGGAGAACUAGCGAGAACUAACAUUCUUCCACUGAACAGAUUCAGUCUCUUGCCAGUUACAUACUCUAGUUCAUAAUUUUACAGGUGACUGGAAUAUUUUAACUUGAGGCUUUGGGGUUCAAACUAUAAACCUUGAAGCUAUUUCAGAGUCCAAAUUACUGUGUAAUAGUAAUAAUAUUAACCAUAUGUAUUUUAAAUUCUGCUAUGACACAAAAUUUUAGAAUCUUAAAUUUUCUUUGUGCUCUGCUUACUCUGAUGUCAUUACCCUCAAACCAGAUUGUUUCACCGGUUCAGUAGUUUUGGGGUGUGGUGGACGUACAAAAAAUGUUUCUGUGAAUUUAUUCUGUUUUAUGAAACAAGGCUAGAAAUUUACUUCUGUUUAACUCUAUGUCUGACUGGCUUUUUCAAUAUUCUGCAGUUUUUAAUGUUGUCUGUUAGUGUAAGAGCAGCCUAUCUCAUUUAAUGUACUUAUAUGAACAUUUUUAGCAGGCAGUCAAGAAUUCUUCUGGUUCUUCUUGGUGUAGAUGAGUCAUUCAUUGUUAAUAUUAAAAACACUAGUAACAGGUCAUUGAAUUUGUAUGCCCUGAAAAUGAUCAAUAGGCAGGUUUGAAAACUUCUUUCUUUUCUAAUUGGUGUGUAAGUCUUAAUGCAGAAUGUUGUGGUUCCCUUUGUCCCUUUAGGACAUCUCCUGUCCCUAUUCCACAGUCAUAACUUAUUUGUAGUCUGCAGGUUGUUAUGGCAGUAGGCUUGUGCCUGCUUCAGAUCAUUAGCCAAGUUAUGCUGGGAUAGUACACGAAGAGCCACAACUAUCUGAAAUCAUUCAUAAUUUUUCCAGCUUAUUUGAGGUUAUACAACCUUUGACCCUUAACCUUUUAGGUAUGGCACUUAACUGUGCUACACAUGCAGUGAUAAGGGCCUUAUGACUCACUCAGAAUCAAUCAGGUUAGAAACCCAGGUGGAGACUGGCUGUCCUGCCAGUAUAGUCCAUAAAAAGAAUUUAUGGCUGUUUCCUCUUGGCUUUUCCUUCAAAUUUUACACAGAUAUGAUCAAUGGGCAUACUAUACCAUCACUCACUUUGUUCCAAAUAUGAUACUGAAUAUUUCUUAACAUGGCAAUGUUUGGAUUUUUGAACUGCAUCCUUCCCUGCUUGUUGUGAGAAAGCUGUCAGAAAAUCAAAUUUAUUAUGAAUGAGGAUUAGGUCAGUCAUUUGGAGGCCACAUUUCAUGAUCAUAAGAGUAUAAAAGUAUGCACUGCCUUCCUCAUUAUCACACAAACGAGAAUCAAAAAUUGAACUGACGUAUGAAAGAGCACAGAUUUGAGACAUGUGUAUAAAAUGCAUUCCAGUUUCCAUUUGUGUGUGUGUAUGUGUUUUCAGUAGUAGUUAUGGCACUUUGAACAAAGUAUUGGUUAUGGUUUUAACAUUUUCUAAUUUCAUAAUUUUUGUAAAUCUGAUAUUGUUAAAAAACGUAGAUUUUUAUAUGUUAUAAUAAGAAAUGAAGAUAGUUUGAUGGUGCAAGGUCUUUCUUUACACAAUAAGUUACUUCAUCAGUCAAGAAUUAUCUUUUUCAUGAAACCAAAAGGCACAUUACCUUGUUCAUAAAAGCCUGUCAUUGGUAAUAUCCUAAGCCAGAUGAAUCCAUAUGCCCCUAAGAUCAUUUCUAAUAUUAUCCCCAUCUACAUAGAGGUCUACACAUAGCUCUUCAUGUCUCAGCAUCAUAAUUCAUGACAGAAUCAGAAUAUAAGGAUAGCUAAUGGAUCGUUCAAAAAUGUGGGGAUGACACUAUCAAGUCAGAAUGGCAUUUAUGAAGAAGUCAAGAGUAGAUUAAAUUCAGGCAAUGCUUGUUAUCAUUCAAUCCAAAAUCUUUUGUCCUCUUGUAUCAUAUAAAAAACCAAAGGUUAAAAUAUACAAAAGUGGAAUUUUGUCAGUCAUGCUUAUGGGUGUGAAACUUGGUCUCUCACUUUGAAGAAGGGACAUAGAUUGAGGGUCUUUGAGAAAAGAGUGUUGAUGAUAUUUGGACCUAAAAGGAGGGAGACAGUUCAUAGAGACAAUUUCAUAAUGACAAGCUACAGAGCCUGUACUCAACUGAUAUUGUUAGGGUGAUUAAAUUGAGGAGGAUGAGGUGAGGUGAGCAGGACAUGCGACACGCAUGGGGGGAAGAGCACUUACAGGGUAUUGGUUUGGAGGUCUGAAGGGAGGAGACCAUUGGAAAGACUAGGCAUGGGUAGGAGGAUAACAUUAAAAUGGUACAAAGGGAGAUAAGACUCGAUAGAGCGAACUGGAUGCAGCUAGCUCAGGAUAGUCUGGUGGCGGGUUUUUGGAAGCACGGUGAUGAACCUUCGGGUUUUUUAAAGAAAGUGGGUUGUUCUUUGACAAGCCAAGUAACAAUCAACUUCAAAGAAUAUCCUGCACCAUAGAGUAUCUACAUAUAGGUCUCGUAAGUGACCUCUUCCCACAAGGUCUCAGAAAUUUUAUGUGUAUUUCUCAUUUCUUAUAAUUACUCUUAAUCUGUAAAAGUGGUAUUUUGGAUUGUGUCCAUCGUGUGUAUGUCAAUAAAAUUACGUUUCAUAAGCUGGAGCUUAAGUUA